UUCCUGGAAGUCUGCAGCUCCGUCCUCAAACAAACCGUGUCAGUCAAAGUUAAAGUUGUGGCGUGGACUCUCAGCGCGACGACAGCGAAAACUUUUGCCAGCUUUGUUUUUUCUUUUCCCUACCGAGGAGGAAGUUGCUUGGAGGGGGGGACACACUCACAUGAUGUCUCCGGGCGGCUGGACGUGACCGUUAUGGAAACUUCGUGGAGCUCCACGGGACCCCGCCGCCGCGUCUCUUGACUUGACGCCGCCGACCAGCGCCGCUGCUCCGGGUUAGUGUCUGUAGCAUGCCACGCAGGCAGCUAACUUCUCCCAAAGCUACAAAGAAAAAAAAGUUUGCCCUGCGACCGACGAGCAGCCGCCUCAGUAUGACUCUCUGACGUGUUCUGUUUACUAGUUAGUUAUCGUGAAAACGGCGAGAAUGAUGAAGGCUCGGAGGUACUUGCGGGGCAGUGGGAGGGUCCUGGCGUUCGUGUUCGUCGCCUCCGUCGUGUGGCUGCUGUUUGACAUGGCCGCACUCCGGCUGUCCAUAAACGACGCCAACAGUCAGCUGCUCAAAGAGCGAGUGAUACGAGAAAGAGAGAUCUUCAAGCAGCAGAGCAAAGUGACUCAGCUCAUGAAGAGGGGCUUCAGGCACCCGGUGCAGAGGGUGGACUGGGCGGUCACACCGGCCGGGAAGGGACCACUGAGCUCCAGCAUCAAACUGGCCCAAGUGUACAGACACAAAGUCAAGCAGCAGGACAAGAAGGUGAAAGGGGAAGUUUUUAAACCUACCAGUGCCCUAAAUCAUAAAAACACGCCAAAGCCUGCAAGGAAGAAAGCAGUAAACCUGGAUCUAAGUCUAACCCAAGUGCCACCAGGUGUUCACGACAACAAGCCAACCUCAAAGAUCAAUAGAACCGCUCUGCACGGAAAGCAUUCAAAGAUGGAUGACAGAGGUGAACCUGCCAAGACCGGAACAAAAGUGAGCCAGCUUCAGGGCGAGGAGUCACGCCCUGUUAAAACAACACCUCGCCAACCUCCCAACAAGGAUGUGAACAUAAAGGAGGAAAAAACAGACAAGAGGCGGGUCAGGACUGACAAGAAUAAUGUCAACGCAGACAGGGAACCCCUGAAGCCUGCAAUCAGCGUCAAAGCAGCCGAUAACUCCUCCGCUGUCAGAAAACCAGGUGUCCACAAAGUGCUGUAUCUGGAUGUGACUCACGCUCCUAGAGAUCCCAACGCGGUGGGCCAGUUCGGUCAUGCGCCGCUGCUCAGCAGCAACGAAGACGCAGAGGUGAGGAGGAGGUGGGACGAAGGCCACUUUAACGUCUACCUCAGUGACCAGAUCCCAGUGGACCGAGCCAUCCCAGACACCAGGCCCGAGAUAUGUUCGCAGAACGUGGUCCACGACGACUUGCCCUCCACCAGCGUGAUCUUCUGUUUCGUGGACGAGGUGUGGUCCACGCUGCUGCGCUCCGUGCACAGCGUGCUCAACAGGUCUCCACCUCACCUCAUCAAGGAGAUCAUUCUGGUGGAUGAUUUCAGCACUAGAGACUACUUGAAGGAGCCGCUGGAUAAGUACAUGUCCCAGUUUCCCAAAGUGCGAAUCAUCCGUCUCAAAGAGCGCCAGGGCUUGAUCAGGGCAAGGCUUGCUGGAGCUGCUGUUGCCAAAGGCGAGGUUCUCACCUUCCUUGACUCCCACAUUGAAUGCGGUGUGGGAUGGCUGGAGCCGCUCUUGGAGAGAGUCUAUCUGGAUCGCAAGAAGGUGCCCUGUCCAGUUAUUGAAGUCAUCAGUGAUAAGGACAUGAGUUACGUGCUGGUUGACAACUUCCAAAGAGGGAUUUUCAAAUGGCCUUUGGUGUUUGGCUGGAGCGCAGUGCCAGAAGAGUACAUUAAGAAGACCAACAUGACCAUCGCAGAUCCAAUCAGAUGUCCAGUUAUGGCUGGGGGCCUUUUCUCCAUCGACAAAAAUUACUUCUAUGAGCUUGGGACCUAUGAUCCUGGUCUGGAUGUGUGGGGUGGAGAGAACAUGGAGAUUUCAUUUAAGAUCUGGAUGUGCGGAGGAGAAAUCGAGAUCAUCCCCUGCUCUCGAGUGGGCCACAUUUUCCGAGGACAGAAUCCUUACAAGUUCCCCAAGGACAGGCAGAAGACGGUGGAGCGUAACCUGGCGAGGGUGGCCGAGGUCUGGCUGGAUGAGUACAAGGACCUUUUCUAUGGCCACGGCUACCACCACCUGAUGAACAAAAAGGUCACUGACAUUGGCAACCUGACGGAGCAGAUUGAGCUGAGGAAGAGGCUCAAAUGCAAGAGCUUCAAGUGGUACCUGGAUAACGUGUAUCCGGAGAUGGACGCUCCUUUAGCCAAAGCUGAGGGCCUGGUCUUCAAUCGUGGUAUCAGAAAAUGCCUCGCUGUGCAGAAAGGUUCUUUGUCCUUUGAGAGAUGUGAUCUCAGCAAGCAGAGUCAGCACUUUAAUUACACCUGGCUGAGGCAUGUUCGGCAGCAGGACCUGUGUGUUGGUCCUCAAGACAAGGGCAGCAGCUUUGCUUUACGACCAUGUGACAACACCCAGCCCGAACUCCGCUGGUUCCAUAAAUCCUCCACCCCCUCUUUAGGGGAGCACCUCAUUUCAGAGUUUGUGUCCCACCACAUGUGCCUGGAGGCAGAACCUCAGAGCGAGUCACUUCGUCUGAACCCCUGUGAACCCAACAACACCUUCCAGAAGUGGCAGUUCACGCACUACAACGUCUAGCGAGGAGACUUAAUUGAGUUUUAUGUGUUAAACACACACUGUAGAAACCUGCAGUGGCCUCACACUACAACGCGGUCUGCGGUCCAGCCCCGAAACGUGCCUUUCCAGAGGAGGAAGGGAAGGCUUUGGUGGCAGCAAUAUGUGUGAUAUAAAGUGUGGAGCUGUGUUGCCAGAGGGAACAGGAAUAUUUAUCUAUUCGGGAGGAGGACUUUCUAAUUGUGGAAAAUCUAAUCUACGCUGGCAUUUGGGGAAAAGUGCCUGAGAUGAUUAAGAACUGGGACUCAAGUGGACGCCUGUGGAAGAACACUCCAUCUGACAAGUGCUUUAUUAUAACAUAUGCAACGAUAAAAGCUAAACAGUACGGGACCUGUUGGGACUGAAUGAGUUAAAUUGCAUGCAGUGUGGAAUUUUGUUUCAAAACAUAUCGCAUAUCUUCAGUGAGACUUUUUCAGGAUGUAUUUUUACGUUUGACGUGUCACUUGGGUACAACGGCUGCUUCUGUGGUUUACAACGCUGCAUUCUUUAGGUUGGGGUUUCGCUGUGAAAAUGAUCCCUUGGUAUGAUUUUCUUUUUGUCACUAGAGGGAAGUGUUGGUUCAAAACACGCAAUAAACCUGUGCUGUGAUUUCA